UGUACUUUGACUACUACAUGGACCCGGCCCUUACUUGAGUCUUGUCCAAAAACGUCAUCUAUUUCAUCAUCAUCAUCAAGAGGAUCCCUCGUAGCUAUGCUGGCCUUCGCUCUAUCAAUAAGCUCUCCAACGCCGCGUUUCGUCAAAUUAUCAGGCCUGUACAAGACAAGUUCGCCGCGAUCGUAAUUGUGCAGCACCUGGUGCUCCCGAUGAAUCGCAACACGGAGUUGCGCGACAACUUCAACACCCUCGAGAUCUAGAGAGAUAGGUCCAAUAGGGAGGUUGACGGGAUAGAUGACGAAGUAUGUUAGACGUUUCAGAGGUCGCGGCGCGGUUGACUCGACCACAGAAGUCGAUUGGGUGCGAGGACGUUUCUGAGGUCGCGACAUGGUUGGUCAGGGGGUCAGGGUUGGUCGCGAGACGCCAUUCGGUUCGGCCGGUGCCGCAGCUUUCAAAAAUCGCUAUCGAUAGGAUGUGGGCCUCUGCCAUUGAAAACCCGCUUUCCUUUCCGGAGGAUAUAUUUUUCAAGCUUUCCUCAUGCAUGUACGCCAGCCCACGGUUGGAACUCUGCUCACAGGGGUUACAUUUUUGGUCUUGUCGUGGUGAGGGGACAACAAUAUCCUUGAUCGUUUGUCAACGAUGCGGCUCAGAAAAGUGCAACAGCGAUUACCCUUCGGGACCGCCCGUAAAAAAAAAUGCACCUCAUUCUCAAACACUUUUUAAAGCUUGCUCUGAAUAUUUCGGGUUCGCCAUAGUUCCUCCGACAUCCCUUCAACAAGAUAGAUAUUACAUCAAAUCUCAGGGUUGUGAGUGGCGAAGGUGACACACCUCAACCCCAUCA